AGCUAUUUCAGCUGAAAAAAUAUGCUCGUACUUGCACUGCUAGUCUACUGCAUCUGCAUGACAGUCUCACAGUUGCCAAUGAUGCCACCUUCUUCCGGCUUUCUUCCGAGUCAAAAGAUGAUGCAUGCUCCUUCCCAAAUGGGAGGUUUACCCGGAGGUGGAAUGCCUGGUAUGCCAUUCAUGGGAGGAAUGCCUGAUAUGCCAUUCAAUAGACCACUAGCAAUGCCAUCAGGAGGAAUGCUAAGAGUGCCAGCAGGAGGAACUCCGAGAACUCCAACGGGAUUUUCAGAAUGCCUGCAGGAACGCCAUCUCAAGGAAUGCCAUUUGGAGGAACGCCAGCAGGAUUAUCAGGAAUGUCACAACAAGGAAAUGCAAUCACGGGGAAUGUCAGGAAUAUCAGCAGGAACGCCGCCUGGAGGAAUGCCACCACCUCCUGCGGGAGUGCCAAUAGGAGGAACCUUAAGAAUGCCUCCAGCAGGAUUUUCAAGAAUGCCUGCAGGAGUGCAACCACAAGAAAUGUCAUCUGGAGGAAUGCCAGCAGGAAGGCCGUUUGGGGGAAUGUCACCAGGAGUAAUGCCAACAGGAGGAGUAUCAGGAAUGCCAGCAGGAAGGCCGUCGGUUUCGAUGGCGUUUUGUCAUUGA